GGAGGUCGUUGCCGCGGACACUGCUGCCGCUAUGCAGAGGGAGGAGAAGCAGCUUGAGGCAUCAUUAGAUGCACUGCUGAGUCAAGUGGCUGAUCUGAAGAACUCACUGGGGAGUUUCAUUUACAAGUUGGAGAACGAGUAUGACCGGUUGACCUGGCCCUCUGUUCUAGACAGCUUUGCCUUGCUCUCUGGACAGUUGAACACUCUGAACAAGGUCUUGAAGCAUGAAAAGACACCACUGUUCCGUAACCAGGUCAUUAUCCCUCUGGUGUUGUCCCCAGACCGUGAUGAAGAUCUCAUGAGGCAGACUGAAGGACGAGUACCUGUUUUCAGCCAUGAAGUGGUCCCUGACCAUUUGAGAACCAAGCCUGACCCUGAGGUUGAAGAGCAAGAGAAGCAACUGACAACAGAUGCUGCCCGCAUUGGUGCUGAUGCAGCUCAGAAGCAGAUCCAAAGCUUGAAUAAAAUGUGCUCAAACCUUCUGGAGAAAAUCAGCAAAGAGGAACGAGAAUCAGAGAGUGGAGGUCUCCGGCCAAACAAGCAGACCUUUAACCCUACAGACACCAAUGCCUUGGUGGCAGCUGUUGCCUUUGGAAAAGGGCUGUCUAAUUGGAGACCUUCAGGCAGCAGUGGACCUGGCCAGCCAGGCCAGCCAGGAACUGGAACAAUCCUUGCAGGAGCCUCAGGAUUACAGCAGGUCCAGAUGACAGGUGCUCCAAGCCAGCAGCAGUCAAUGCUUAGUGGGGUGCAAAUUGCCCAAGCAGGUCAACCAGGGAAAAUGCCAAGUGGAAUAAAAACCAACAUCAAGUCAGCUUCAAUGCAUCCCUACCAGCGUUCCUUGAUCCAGAACUGACUCAGAUCUGACACUGCUUCAUGUCAGUAGUGAACAGGUGAACACAAGAUCAUAGACCACUCUUCUGCUUGAGACCUGUGCUUAUUCUGUGCUGCUAGAAACUGAUGCAGCCUCUGUGUCCAUAGAGGCACACUGUCUGCCCAAGCUCCAUCGGGCCAUCUCUCCAACCAAGGCAAUGAGGCUUCUAGGCUGGGAUGAACUGUCUACCCGAACAUCUGGUAAAGCUUGGGCCUACUCUGCUCUCCAUCUUCUCAGAAGCCAAUUCAGCUCUUACCUGGGAAAUAGUCGCAAAGUCUCCUGUCCUUUAUCUUACCCUGCCCACAUGAAGGAAGAUGUUGAAGGCCCACUAGGUGGGGGCUUCCUUAGAAAGUGGCUCUACCAAGCAGGACUGUGUAAGAAAGGGUUUUUCUUAGCACAUGAAAAAGUCCCUUCUUCCCCAGACUCAUUUUUCUUACUUUUGAGUUAGAAGGGAACUUCACGUCGUCUUUCAUCAGGGUUCGGUUAUCAUUAUAUGCCUAAUUCCCAGACUCUAGCCGGGAUGGCUUUCCUCCAGUCCCGUGAGCCUGUGCCUCAAGUAAGAGCCAUAUCGAUGGUGAGAGGGGGCAGCCACCAGUACCUUUGCCUGCUGUUUUAAAGCUAAACAGCAGAGUGAGUUUGGGUCUCCAGUCUAAGCUGCCUUUCUUGUUCCUUUGAGGGUAAGGGCAGGGAUUGAGUCAGCAUAAGUGGACCAAAGGGUUUCUCUGAAUAGUUUUUAAAAUUUUGAUGGUCAUUGUGUCAGGUUUAUCUGACAACAAUUUCUGAGAGAGCUAUAAAGGGAUCAGAGACUUUCAAGAUUG